AUGGCCGGCCUUCCGGUGCUGGCUCCACUGCAGGCGAACGACGGAGAUGAGUCGCCCGAGGAGCAGUUGGAGCGGUACCGCGAAAUGGUGCGAGAGUCCGGUUACGGGGAUAUGCUGUUGGAUUCAGAGAGGAAUCAGGUCUACUACGAGGCCCUGAAGGAAGCCAUUGCCGACUGCCCGCGCCCAGACCCCGUAGUCCUGGACAUUGGGACCGGCACAGGAAUUCUAGCUUUGAUGGCCGCCCAGUUAGGGGCUGCUGUUGUGUAUGCGUGUGAGGUCUUUGAGCCCAUGCAAAUGUUAGCUGAGCAAAUGAUCCGUCAGAAUCACAUGGAAGACCGCGUUGUCUUGAUCUGUGAUCGCAGCACCGAUGUGGACACCAGUCCUGCACCACUUGAACUCACUCUUGACGAGUUUCAUCAGCACGCCGUCGUCCGCACGGCCUGGGCUGACGCACUGCAUUUUGACUUUGGAUCAGCGGGAGGUCAGCGAACCGCCAUCGAUAAUCUGUCAAGGUCUAGCUCAUGCGGUGCUAUCUACGCCAUGCCAAUGUCGAUUAGGCGCCCGCUCCCCGAGCGGAAUUCCUCGGCGCUGUUGAAGCUGGGCCCAGCGCCCUUGGAGCUUCGACUGUGUCAUGACAACUACACGCUCGAGCCCUUGGUGGGCCAGGAUGGGCUUGGGUGUAUGUGUGGCUGGCAUGCGACGCUUGGCUUUCAUGACAUUUGGCUCCUGAAUCAGGCAGAGUACCUACGGUCCUGCUUGCAGGUGGCCUUGGCUCAACGUGCGGAAUCACGCGCUGCACAAGGCUGGCUGCUACCGGGAUCCGCUGGGGCACUGGCGUUCUUGCCCCUGGCUUUGGCAGCUUCCACAUCCCUUCCGGUGUAUGCACCGCACGUGUGGCUGACCUUGCCACGGCUCUUACACCAAGUGGCUCAGCGCUACGGUGUUGCAAAUGGGAAGAAGAAAAGUAACAACAAGAACAAGAGCAACAAGAAGAAAGCCUCCAACAACACUUCAGCUGCGGCUUCGCCUGCUGUGCCU